CCGAAGGCGGUGAAAAGGCCAUACUGGUGGAUGAGCAAAGCAUCUUGCAAACAAGAAAUGGAACAGACUGAAGGCGGGGAAAAGGCCACAGCUUGGCGGACGAGCAAAGAAUCUUGUAAACAGGAAAUGGAACAGACCGAAGGCGAGGAAAAGACCAAAGUUUGGUGGAAGAGCAAAGAAUUUUUCAAACAGGAAAUGGAAAUGACAAAGACGGAAGGUGGGGAAAAGCCUACAGCUUGUUGGACGAGCAAAGAAUCUUGUAAACAGGAAAUGGAACAGACCAAAGGCGAGGAAAAGGCCACAUCUUGGUGGACGGGCAAAGAACAUUGCAAACCCGAGAUAGAACAGACUGAGGGCAAGGAAAAGGCCACAGAAUGGUGGACGAGCAAAGAAUCUUGCAAACAGGAAAUGGAACAGAUUGCUGCUUUUAAUUCUUGCAUAACUCAACUAUUUCUACUUCCUUCUGGUUUUGGAUAUCUGCGGCUCCCAAAGCAAUCUUACCUUCCUUUUGAGGUUGCCAUCUUGUGUUGGAUUUACUACUUGGGCUGCUGA